AUGUCUGCAAACCAAAAACCAACAGCUGGCAACACGUCUGCCAUGCAACCGUAUGACAAACUCUCUGAAGAGAGUGCUCAUAAGGUCAGUGCACCAAGCGAAGGUCAUAAACCGGACAUGUCAAAUCAUGUUUCGCAACAACUUCAAAAAUUGAGCCAUAUUCAGUUCGACGACUUCCGUGGACACGAUUUGGGAAUCCCACUCAAGCCACCACCAAGACCUUGA